AUGGGAAACUUGCCAUCGCAGCGUGGUACUCCAAACUUCCCAUUUAGAACUGUCUGUAUAGACCUUGCAGGUCCAUUUCUUACUCUAAAUAGAAAGGGCCGUGGUUCGAAAUUAGUAAAAUCAUAUCUCUGUCUUUUUAUUUCUCUAAGAUAUAAGUGCAUACAUUUAGAGGCCGUGUCCAAUCUAACGAAGGAUGCGUUUGUACUCACCUUCCGUAGGUUUGUAUCCAGACGAGGAAAGCCAGCAGAAGUAUUCUGCGACAACGGCCGCAACUUUGUGGCAGGAGCAAAAGAAUUAAACUAUUUUUUUAAGAAUCACCAGGCAUUCCUUUCUGAUUUUGCGAGCGAUGAAGGCACAAAGUUUAUUUUUUCACCUUCAUACGCACCUCAUUUUGACGGCAUCUGGGAGGCUGGAGUGAAAUCGGCAAAAUUUCACAUUAAGCGUACAAUAGGUAACUCCCAUCUAAAAUUCGAAGAGCUGACCACUCUUUUCGCACAAGUAGAAUCAAUCUUAAACAGCCCUCCUUUAUGUCCUCUAUCCUCUUCUCCUGAUGACCUCCAAGUUUUAACUCCUGGACCCUUUCUCAUUGGCCGAACUCUCACUGCGCUACCAUCACCUGCUCUAGACGAUCUCAAUAGUAAUCAUCUUCAACGAUAUGAACGAAUACAACAGAUUUAUCAUCAUUUUUGGUCACGCUGGCAACGAGAAUACGUCGCCGAAUUGCAACAGCGCUUCAAAUGGAAGACAAAUUGCACAUCUUUGAACAUUGGGGAUAUGGUCCUUCUUCAAGAAGAUAACGCGCCACCACUCUGCUGGCGUUUUAGACGCGUACAAAAAUUGUAUCCUGGGCAAGACGGCGUGCCCCGAGUGGCCGAUGUCGAUACCACCAAGGGAUGUGUUCGCCGCCCCGUCGUUCGUCUAUGUCCUCUACCAACUGCAGAAGACUUCAAAGAUUAG